CACAGCAGGCGGUAAACAUUCUGACUCCGCUGGAAGGAGAGGAACAAACAUACGACGACAACUCGCCCCUCGAAGCAGGACCAGGGACGAAGGCCUUUCUUCUAUUGACUCGGAACAUAGCGAAGAACAGGGGAGAGCACUGGGAGGACGACCGCGACGCUCUACCUUUGGAGGCGACGGCGGAGGACCCCUCUCGCAGGUUUCAGACGUGGAUUCAGCGCAGCCGCCCCUGGGCGCCAAAAAGAGAACCCGACCGCGCGUUCCGGCCGGAAGCAUGCCUUACUCAUCGGCUGAGCCGGAUGGCGGCGAUUCGUUUUCUCUGGAAAAAACAGGGGGCGCCACUCGUUUCUCUGAGACGGACACUGCUAGUGCGCCCGACGAUCCCCAUGACCCCGAGGGUACUAGAGGAAGUCGUGGCGGCAGCGAGGGGGGCCCGUCCGAUCGCUCCGGGCCCCGCGCAUCUUCAGGUGUAAAGCCCAAGCGAUGGGCUAGCGGUUCUCUUCCUCAUGUGCUUCCCACGUUGUCUGAGGAUGAGGAGCUCCUCGACGUCGCGGACACAGCAGGCGGUAAACAUUCUGACUCCGCUGGAAGGAGAGGAACAAACACUCGACGACAACUCGCCCCUCGAAGCAGGACCAGGGACGAAGGUCUUUCUUCUAUUGACUCGGAACAUAGCGAAGAACAGGGGAGAGCACUUGGAGGACGACCGCGACGCUCUACCUUUGGAGGCGACGGCGGAGGACCCCUUUCGCAGGCUUCAGACGUGGAUUCAGCGCAGCCGCCCCUGGGAGCCGAGGACUUUUUACCGGGACAAAGGGAAAGUGAACACCCAGGACAACAACUUGCCCAUGGGGGAGGGUAUGGGAGCCCUUCUUCUACACCGGACAGUCGCGAGAAAUUAAAUAAUGAAGAGCUACCGUUGGCGCUGCCAGGCGCACCACAGGGCGAUCUUCCAGCUUCGGGUCCCUCAACGAGCGUUGGACACGAUGAAGAAAGUUCUGACUUAUCAUCUUCAUCUUCUGGCGUGGUGGAUCUACAUGCGGGGUUUGGCCCACGCCCACGCAAUCCCAAUCCCAAGCGACCUCGUGCAGGUUCGUCACCUAAUAUCGGAGUCGCAAGUGGCGACGCGGCGGCUCUUGUGCCGUCUGGGCCUGGUGAUCGCCAGGGCAGCUCUCAAGCACCAUAUUCCGAGGACCUGCUGCCACCAGAUUCGUCGUCCGUAGAUUCUCCGGCCUCGCUUCCUGGCGAUUCGUUUGAUUCGGAGGCAGGCGGCCACCCGCCGUGGCGUGACGCGGGUGCACCACCCAGCAAUCGCAAUGCAGCCGCAGAUGCUACCGCAAGGCCAAUGCCCAAGCGACCGCAGCGUGAAGUGCCCCCGGCAAUCGGUCGCGAAGAGUCGGGUGAGGCCUCACCGGAGGUUCCAGCCUCCAGCAUAUCAGAUUCUUCAGACCAGCAGCGACGCCGUCUUGCUCGCUUGCGGCCAGAUCUUUCCCCUUCGCAACAGGACUCUUUUGGAAACCAAGAUCCAGGGCAGCGACAGGGCAGCGACAGUGGAGUAUCUCUCCCCGAGUCUGACGUAAGUGCGACGGACACGAACACGGACGUAGACGCGACCCAGUCACCAUUAGAUGACGACGACGUCAAUUUUCUCCUGACCGGAAGUCCAUUCCCAACACCAGGGCCGUCAGAUGAGGAAGGUGAAGAGGACAUCGAAACCGAGACGACAGACACAACCGAGAAGAGCCGCGUGAAGGGAGAGCCGGGUCGUAAGGAUGACGCGGCGACGAGUGGUGCUGAUGCACGCCCACCAUCGCCAUCGCCUCCUCCAAUCGAGCCGCCGCCGCAUGACGAGCGCCGCGCGGGCGAUGGUAGCAAUGAGAGUGACGAGUCUUCUCCCGGAGGUAGCAGAGGAGCUAGACGCGACAAGAGGAGAAAAAAUCGAGGACGGAAGCAGCCAAGCCAGGACUUGCUGUCCUCUGGUGACAGCCACGAAGCAAGUCCUGAGAUCAACAGCGGUAGCGAUGCGGGUGCGAGUACGAUAACCCCAACCGGUGAGUGGUCUGAAGGGAGCGACGAUAUUUCUGCGACAGAUGAUUGGAAUCCAGAAUAUGGUGGAGAUAAUAGGCCUCAUUCUGGUCGCGGUACAUCUGAAAUCCGCGAUAGCGGAGGUGUUAGCAACGGUCGUCGACUAUCCCCAUCCCAUCAAGGUCCAGAUGGAGGAUCUCGUCCGCCUGCCAGACUGCGUCCGGCUUCUGACCGCAAAGGCGAUCCGAUAGCUGAUGCGAAACGACAUCCACUGGAUGCGCCUCCUUUCCCAUCGCUGGGUGCAGAUCUUCCACAGGAAGGAGACCAACACCACCCUCCAUCCAAAGGAGCGGAUGCUGGACGAGCACGCAAACCACGCACGACACCAGUGGAAACAAGGCCGACCACACCAGCGAAGAUUUUGACCGACAAUCACGUCGGUGCACAAACAGGAGAAGCCUCUGUUAUGUUGAGUUUUUUUGAAAUUUCCUUGUAUACCGCAUUCCUUGUUCAAUUUGAUAUGCUGCAUGUAGUUGUAAGUACAUCCAUAAUAAUGAUUUAUGAUUGAUUUUCCCGCCAGUACCAAAUGCAGAAGCAGAUACUACAAGGGAGAAUCGUACCGUGACAGUGACAGAGAAAUAACGAUCGAAUAGAAGAGAAAAACAGGAGCAUAAUCUAAUGAUCCUUCCACUAAUGCUGACUCGGGGAAAGGUGGAGCCUGUGUGGGCAUUGCGUGCGCCGUGGUCACGACAAGAUGAAGCGGAUGAAACAUGGAGUCAGUAUAUUUGAUCUCUCGUCUACUUUUCUUGAAUCUUGAUUAGUUAAUAUGUACUACAUGUAGUUGUAGUAGUAUCUUCUUCUUCAUCACAGGAGUAUGUAAAUGUAAGUGAGGAAGUGAUUGAUUGAUGGAUUUUUACUACGUAGAUUAACUUCUACGUUAAGCUUAAGGAUGAGGUCUACUUACAAUAAUUUAUACACCUUGUAGCCGCAGGAGCACCAACGCAGCUGUGCAUAAGUAUUGAUUCUUAUUGCCUUCGUUGAGUUCAACAGCAAGAUCAACUGCAACAUAAUGACAAAGACAAAGACACAGAUUUAUAAUAUAUUUAAAGCAUCAUGUCACAUGUUUUUGAGUUUCAGCAUUUAAUAAACCUCUAUUUCAAACUGAUUAUUAAUAGUAAAAGAACGAAGUGGUUGUAGUGACAAGCCAAUAGUAUAAUUGCAAUGUAGUUGCGGAAUAUUAAAAACAGUUCAAUAUAGUUUCAAAAUCACAAUCACAUGAAACGCGCACGAGCAAAAUAACUUCAAACAUUCUUAUGAAACACAUGAGCAUCAUACUGAAACAUAACUAACGCAUCAGGUUCGGGAGAAUGAAAUGAAAAAUUUAGUCGCUAAAAAAAGGAAAGUAGUUGCUGCAUACAGAGAGCAUUGUUGUACAAAGGACAUGACCAACAGCGUAACUACAGAGCUACAGCAGCAACAACGAAUUAUACUCGAAUCUACUUACUUAAAUGAAUAUCGAACUACUAUUACAACAUGAUUUUCGCAGCGCAGACUUAGAUUAGCACUUAAAUGAUAGAAUCAUAGCAAUAGCAAUGGAAAUAGCAUGCAAAUGCAUCAUAAACAUGAAUAUAAGCAAAAGGCUGUUAUUAGCAGUUGUCAGAAAGACAGAGAACAAGUGCAUGAACGAAGAUGGUG